AGAGAGAAAAAUAAAUAAAAGAAGGUGAAAUUAAUUAAAAUGGUGAUAAAUGGUAGAUUGUUACGUACCUCUAAGCAAAUGGGGUUACGUGACAAUAAUGGUAACCAGAAUCAGCAGCAACGUUGUUAUUCGUUGAUGAAUAAUUAUUCGUUAAAGUUUAAGUGUUUAAACAAAGGUGGCUUUGUUGGCGGAGCAGAGAAGAAGGCAGUUGCAACUAAGGCUGUUGGUACUGCGGUUGUGUCUGAACUAAUUACGACACAAAAUUGGAAGAUUUCAGAUCUAAGUUUAGUCGCAGAUAAUAAUGUAUCAGAUCUGAUACUUCAAAACUUGAAAAAUUUACUCAAACAAAUGCCGCAGAAAUUGCAUCACUUACAGUCCUCCAUUGAGAAGGGUAUUUUGGAUUGCCGGUUCUUCAGUCUUUUUGCAGUCGCAGGGACAUUGAUUGGUUCAUUAUUAUGCUUUAUCGAGGGCUGUUACUUAAUCAUAGAGUCAUACGUCCACUAUUUUAUCGCAAUCUCACAUAAGUCAGACCUUGGACAUGUCGUGCAGCUAUUGAUCGAAGCUAUUGAUAUGUUUCUAUUGGGGACUGCUAUGCUUACAUUUGGAAUGGGGUUGUAUGUCAUGUUUGUGGGAUCAAGAAAUAUUAAUGUUAAAGGAGAUGAUCAAAUGUCAGGCAAAAAGUCGUAUUAUUUUCAAACACUUCCAUCAUUGAUGGGAAUGAAAUCAGUAAUGCAAGCCAAAUCAAGAAUAGGACAUGCACUUAUAAUGUUACUUCAAGUGGGAGUAUUGGAGAAGUUCAAGAAUAUACCUGUAGUUAAUGGAUUGGAUCUUGCUUGUUUUGCUGCUGCUGUUUUUGUUUCCUCCAUAUGUGUCUUCAUUCUUUCUAGGCUUGCUGUCACUAACACAAAGGCUGGAAACUAAGAUAAUUCAUUUGUAAGAAAAAAAAUAGGUCUGUAUACUAGUCUACAAUUAGGACUUGUUAUAGUUGACCUUAUUGUUAAAUAUUUUUUCAAUUUGUAACAAUUAAAAUACAUUUGUUCAUAUCUGUUUUUGUAUAU